UCGGAGUCUCGGCUCCGAGUUCCUGGUUGGAUAAUUUGGGUUAAUACUAGUGAGUGAGGUUUUUGCGGCUUCAAAGGGUAUUUCAAGUUUCCGGAGCUCCUCCCCUCUGCACCGUGUGACAACAACAACUCGUCCAGCCGGCAGCCUGCACUUUUCAGCUCAUUUUCUCUCUGUCAUUCCCCUCUCAAUCUUUGAUCAAUGUACUUGCCAGGGAGAACCCAAGUCCUUCAAACCUCCUCCUUUUCACCUUCAUCCUUAACUUUGUGCUAGAGCGGGACCCACACAACAACAGCCGACCCUCCCGCCACCCCCCGCCCCUAACCAGCCCCCGAUCCCAGCCCCCGGAGCGGACGCGCGUUCCGACUUGCGGGACACUUUUGUGCGUUUCUCCCCAGAGCGCCUCUCGCGCUCGCCCCUCCUGCGCUCGCGCUCUCUUACCCUCACCUCCUCUUCUCCCCUUCUCGCUCUCGCCCGGAGUUGUUGUUGUUGCUGCCCCUUCGCUCCUGCUCUCGCGUCUCCCCCUCGCCCUCCCUGGGGUGUGUGGCAACUUUCCCCCUCGCUUCUCCUCCUCCUGUUUCCCCUUAUAUGUGACCAUGGCAGUGCCGGCGGCUUUGAUCCCUCCGACCCAGCUGGUGCCCCCUCAGCCCCCGAUCUCCACGUCUGCUUCCUCCUCCGGCACCACCACCUCCACCUCCUCGGCAACCUCGUCUCCGGCUCCGUCCAUCGGGCCCCCGGCGUCCUCAGGGCCAACUCUGUUCCGGCCGGAGUCCAUCGCUUCGGCAGCGGCGGCCACAGUUCCCUCCACCGGCGGCGGCGGCGGCUGCGGCGGCAGCGGUGGCGGCGGCAGCGCUGGCAACGGAGGCGGCGGAGGCGGUGGCGGCGGCGGCGGUGGCAACUGCAACCCCAGCCUGGCGACCGGGAGCGGCGGCGGCGGCGGCGGCGGGAGCGGCGGCGGCGUUAGCGCUGGCUGCGGCGGCGGCGCCUCCAGCACCCCCAUCCACGCGAGCUCCGGCAGCGGCUGCAGCGGCAGCAGCAGUAGCAGCAGCAGUAGCAGCAGCAGCAGCAGCAGCAGCAGCAGCAGCAGCAGCUGCGGCCCCCUCCCCGGGAAACCCGUGUACUCGACCCCGUCCCCAGUGGAAAACACCCCCCAGAAUAAUGAGUGCAAAAUGGUGGAUCUGAGGGGGGCCAAAGUGGCUUCCUUCACCGUGGAGGGCUGCGAGCUGAUCUGCCUGCCCCAGGCUUUCGACCUGUUCCUGAAGCACUUGGUGGGGGGCUUGCACACAGUCUACACCAAGCUGAAGCGGCUGGAGAUCACGCCCGUGGUGUGCAAUGUGGAACAGGUUCGCAUCCUGAGGGGACUGGGCGCCAUCCAGCCCGGAGUGAACCGCUGCAAACUCAUCUCCAGGAAGGACUUCGAGACCCUCUACAAUGACUGCACCAACGCAAGUUCUAGACCCGGAAGGCCUCCUAAGAGGACUCAAAGUGUCACCUCCCCAGAGAACUCUCACAUCAUGCCACACUCUGUCCCUGGCCUCAUGUCUCCUGGGAUAAUCCCACCAACAGGUCUGACAGCAGCAGCGGCAGCAGCUGCCGCCGCUACCAAUGCAGCUAUUGCCGAAGCAAUGAAGGUGAAGAAAAUCAAGUUAGAAGCUAUGAGCAACUAUCAUGCCAGUAAUAACCAACAUGGAGCAGAUUCUGAAAAUGGGGAUAUGAAUUCAAGUGUUGGACUGGAACUUCCUUUUAUGAUGAUGCCCCACCCUCUAAUUCCCGUCAGCCUACCUCCAGCGUCUGUCACCAUGGCAAUGAGCCAGAUGAACCAUCUCAGCACCAUCGCAAAUAUGGCGGCAGCAGCACAAGUUCAGAGUCCCCCAUCCAGAGUCGAGACCUCUGUGAUUAAGGAGCGAGUUCCCGACAGCCCCUCGCCUGCCCCUUCCCUGGAGGAGGGCCGGAGGCCCGGCAGCCACCCGUCUUCACACCGCAGCAGCAGUGUGUCCAGCUCCCCAGCGCGGACCGAGAGCUCUUCUGACAGAAUCCCUGUUCAUCAGAAUGGGUUGUCCAUGAACCAGAUGCUGAUGGGCUUAUCACCAAACGUACUCCCCGGGCCCAAAGAGGGAGAUUUGGCUGGUCAUGACAUGGGGCACGAGUCGAAAAGAAUGCAUAUGGAAAAAGAUGAGACCCCGCUUUCCACACCAACCGCAAGAGACAGCCUUGACAAACUUUCCCUCACUGGGCAUGGACAACCCCUACCUCCAGGUUUUCCGUCUCCUUUUCUGUUUCCUGAUGGACUGUCUUCCAUAGAGACCCUUCUGACUAACAUACAGGGGCUCUUGAAAGUUGCCAUAGAUAAUGCCAGAGCUCAAGAAAAACAGGUCCAACUGGAAAAAACAGAGCUGAAGAUGGAUUUUUUAAGGGAGCGGGAACUAAGGGAAACCCUUGAGAAGCAGUUGGCUAUGGAACAAAAAAACAGAGCCAUAGUUCAAAAGAGGCUAAAGAAGGAGAAGAAGGCAAAGAGAAAAUUGCAGGAAGCACUUGAAUUUGAGACAAAACGGCGUGAGCAAGCAGAACAAACACUAAAACAGGCAGCUUCAACAGACAGUCUCAGGGUCUUAAAUGAUUCUCUGACCCCAGAGAUAGAAGCUGACCGCGCUGGCGGCAGAACAGAUGCUGAAAGGACAAUACAAGAUGGAAGACUGUAUUUGAAAACUACUGUCAUGUACUGAAUCUUUCCCGUUGAAGAAAUCCAUGUUAUAGUAAAGAACUUUGCAGUCAGACAUUCAUCAUUGGAAAAUUCAGAAAAAAAUAAAGUCCUUUUAAGGGAACUUCCUCAAUUUUGUGUAUUAAUGUUCUUUAGAAGUUUAAGUAUUCUACAAAAGAAGGGGGUUCCUCCAUUGAUUUUCACCUGUGGUUUAUACCAGAGACCUGGGAAUGUUUGUACAUGUACAAGUAUCAAACUUCUUAAAAUGAAUAACUGCAAUUUUGCUGCUGGAACUUGCAUACAGAGUUAAAGGCAGGUCUGUGGAGACCUUGCUUUGCUUUUUCUAGUGGAAUGAACCAUUUUCCUCUUCUGAAAAUUCUGUAUCUGAGCACAUCAAGAGACUCUGGUAGCAGUGGCCACCCAGACUUACAGAAUUGUGCCCUCCGGAAACCAGCAAGAACACUUGGAAAUGAACUUGUAGGAGGCAUAGAGGAUUACUUAAAAAUCAAUACAAUAAAGAGUGAUAUUCUGUUACGUUCAAUUUUAAACUCUCUAAUUGUGGGUUUUCUCCUGAAGAUGUUUUUUCAAAUACUUUCCAAAAGACCAACAAAUGGAUGUUGACAACAACCCAAUGAAAUAACAUUUUGCGUAUCUGAAAAGAAGCAUUGAAUAUAAACCAAAAGGUUUCACUGAAGGUCUUUUUCCUUAAAAAUAGAACAAACAAACAAGUGUAACAUGUUUUCAUUCCAGACUGGUAGUGGUAGAUAGAAUUAAAAAUAAUAACGAUGCUUCUUAUUCAAACUGUUGGUCACAUGUACAGUAUAUAAACAUAAAACAUACAAGGAAGGUAUUAUGUAUGCAGUAGUAUACUAGAGUUUAGGAAAAUGAAAACUUUAGAAAAUGUUUUGUCACCCUGUUGGUCAGAAAGACGCCUUUCUGGUUUUAACGCAUGCAGGCAUGUAAAUAUUUGUCUGGAGUCACAGUAUUAACGAAUGAGAUCCUAAGCAUCUGGUGACAUCAGAACUCUGUGUCAGCCAUUUUUAUUUGUAUAUUGAACCUUAGUUAGUGCCCCAAACUGCACUAUUGAGAAUGGAUUGUGGCUGAACAGUAAAUUGAAACACCAGAAAUAUUUUUAUAUGUUAACGUCAUAUUAUGUUAAUGUUGCUGAAAAACAAAACUUAACAAACCCUUGAUGUAUCAGUCCAAUACCAUGUAGCGCUGAGUGGUAAAGUUAAAAUGUGUUGUGCUUCCCACCCUGGUCAGAGGGAAGGGUGCCUACGUGUUAUUUUCACUGUCUUUUUGAAAGUUACAGUAUGCGUUUUCACUUUGUGCAGAUAACUGGAAGUAAAGCUGCAAACAGUGCUUAUUACACGCUGAAUUACCUUCUGUUUGUUUUUACAUAUCUGGAGUCACACCUUUAAAGGCUGAUAAGUCAGUGCAGUUGCUGUGCAUUUUAUGAUUUUGCUGUCAUCUUAAAACUUUAUGAUCAUAAUGUUAUUUAUUACCGUAAACAGCAAAAUAUUAAAUGUCCGAGAAAACUAGCUUAAAAUGUUUAAAGAGUUUGAAUUGGGUAUUACUUCUUCAGUUAAGAGAAAAAUAUUAUAGAUACUCUGGAACUGAGCUUUUAUAGUUUUAGGUCUUCCUUGCAAUACUGGAACAUACUUCUUUUGUGUAGCUCACUAUUAACCAGCUAAGUCCAUUUUUAAUAUAAUAAAAAGGUUAUAUAUGCAGUUCCUAUUUUCGCUUGUUUAAAAGGGAGCAAUAUUUUUAUUUAAAAUACUGUUAGUAAAUGCUUUGUAGAAACUUGGUUUUCUAAGCAUAGUUCUUCCAUUAACUAUCUCUUGUUGUUUGAGCACGAGAGAUUCUAAUCCUAGUUGUAUCUAUUUCUUGUUUUUCCCUAUGUUCAGUCUUUAAAGGAUUACAACACUUAAAAUUGGAGGGACUUGUGGCAAGCCUUCGAAUCACACAUUUUUUGAACAUUUUUUUAAAAAAGCCUACAACUUACAUGUGUAAUAGAAUCAGGCAUUGCUCUGCUCCUUGCAUAGAGUCACGGGUUAAGUAGGUUACAUAGUUUUAAAAUACACACUUUUAAGACCUUUGAGAAUGCUUCAGGAUUUGGUUUGACGUGAAAGGAGAUUUUAGCAAGGAUUAAAGAAUAAAGCUAUCAGCUGUAUGUUGAGAGAGACUCUUACUAACAUUGGUGUAAAUAUUACAAUUCAUGAAAUGUUAUUUUAAGUCUGUAACUUAAGUUUUUCCUCCCUUUUUUAGUUAUACAGGUUGGUGUGAAAUUUGUUUUUGCUAUCAACAAGUAAAGUUGUGCCCAUUUUAUGGUUUCCAUGCUUUUGUAAUCCUAAAAAUAUUAAUGUCUAGUUGUCCGAUACUAUAACCGCAUUUGCGCUCUAUGCAAGCCCUUGGAACAGAACAUACUCAUCUUCAUGUAGGACCUAUGAAAAUUGUCUAUUUUUAUCUAUAUAUUUAAAGUUUUCUAAAAAUGAUAAAAGGUUAUUACGAAUUUUGUUGUACAAAAUCUGUACAAAAAUCUGUUUUUACAUCAUAAUGCAAGAAUUGGAAAUUUUUCUAUGGUAGCCUAGUUCUUUGAGUCUGGUUUCAAUGUGAGAACCACGUUUACUGUUAUUGUAUUUAAUUUUCUUUUUCUUUUCAACAAUCUCCUAAUAAAACUGUCUGAAAUCUC